AUGUUUCAAACGCAGAAGAACGGUGCUGAUAAUGAGAAGAUUUCACAUUCCUUACCAAGGCUAAGGCUGGCACGAGGUGAUCGUAAGAAACCUGCCCCGAAAUUGAGCAUGAAUAUACCGCUUGAAGAACCUCAAGUUCCGGUAUUGAACUUAUUUGCACAUCCGACUAUUCCGUCAUUGCCUCCCAUGCCAAAACAACUCAAAAAAAGUCCAAGUAUAAUGCAGAAAGAUAAAAAAAUGAACAAAUUAACUCUAAAUUUCAGUGAUGACCUACACAAUGGCAAUAAUAAUAAUAAUGUCAAUAAUAAUGGAGCUAUUACCAAUGGUUUGCCCAGCGCUGCAACUACAUUGACCGUUACCUCUAUCUCGACCUUAUAUGAACAAAGUCCACAAGAUCAAUCUAGCCUUAUAACUUCAUUCAAGAAUCGCUUGAAUAUCGACAAUGAUAAUAAUGAUGACGAUGAUUAUGAUGGGGAAAACAACAGUGAUUCCUUUAAUGAGUUGACUGACUCUUAUACAAAUACCCCUACAGAGCAAAAUGAGCAUUUGUUCACACUAUUAACAAAGGGUAUAGAAAUGCUAACAGAAGAAGACUGGAAGGUUUUACAUGAGGAGAAAAUGAUUGAAACAUUGGAAGUUUUGGGUGAAGGUAAUGGUGGUUCAGUGAAAAAAUGUCGAAUUCUGACGAAAAACCCAGCAGUUUUUGCACUAAAAAUUAUAACAACUAAUCCUUCACCAGAAUUCCAAAAGCAAAUGGUCAGGGAGCUCAACUAUAACAGGAAAUUCAACUCUGAUUACAUUGUCAAAUAUUAUGGGACGUUUCUUGAUGAAUCAAGCUCUUCCAUUCAUAUAUGUAUGGAAUAUAUGGGUGGAGGAUCACUGGAUGCAAUAUAUAAAGCUUUCAAAGAGCGUGACGGUAGAUUGAGUGAAAAACCUCUUGGAGUCAUAGCAAGUAGCGUCUUGAAAGGUCUUGCGUAUUUAAACGAACACAAAGUGAUGCAUAGAGACAUCAAACCUCAAAAUAUUCUUCUGGAUAGUAAGGGGAACGUAAAGUUAUGUGACUUUGGGGUCUCAGGGGAUGUUGUUAAUUCAUUGGCAACCACAUUUACCGGAACGUCAUUUUAUAUGGCACCUGAAAGAAUUAAAAAUGAGCCAUACACUAUCAGUUGUGAUGUCUGGUCCCUUGGUUUGACUGUGCUUGAGGGCGCGCUUGGCGAAUUCCCCUUUGUGAGAGAAAGUUCACCAGACCUACACAUAAGCCCCUUAGACCUCCUUAUUAUCAUUCUAGAGUUUGAGCCAAUACUAGAAGACGAACCUGAUGAAGGAAUAAAAUGGUCAAGAGGUUUUAAGGAUUUUAUUAAAGUUUGUCUAACAAAAGAAGGUAGACAACGACCAUCCCCGAGACAGAUGCUUGAGCAUCCCUGGCUAAUCAAAAUGAUGAAUAAAAGUGUAAGAAUGGACAAGCUAGUGGAACUAUGUUGGGGAAAAUAA